UGCGCGUCCGAUCGGAUGCCUAUGUUUGACCUUUUGAAUUCCCUUUCUUUAUUUCAACAUCAAUUACUCAUUCAAUUUAUUUUACACUCUAUCUAUCUUUAGUGCUGCAAAGCCUGCAAUUCUGUAAAUUCCAUAUACACAAGCAAGUUAGCAACUGCGCAACAGAGAGCGCGAGAAAACCUUCAACCUUCAACAAUGGCGGGUGACUUAUUUGGCGACUUACCACCUCCUUCAUACCUCUCACCUCCUUCUCAAGAACAACAAGAACAACAACUUCAUCUUCAACCUCACAAAUCUGUCAAAAUCAAUGAAAAUAAUAAAACAACUAGUAUUAUUAAAGACCCAACUCCACUCCCUCCUCCUCCCCUCAAAAGCGCCUUCAAACGAUCCAAGCCUCCAGAAUCUACCCCAAAUGAAGAGGUUGGAUCUGGAAAGAAAUUGAGGUUUAAAACCUCCACGGAUGCUUCUAUAUCACAAAUUGCUGAGGCCAUGCAGAAGAUAGCCUCCCACAUCGGAAAUUCUGCUAAGUUCAGUAAAGCUUCGAAGUUGGCUAUACAGUUGAUUCAGGCUGGAAGUGUCAAACCUGAAACUGCUGAUCACUUCUUUUCCAUACUGGAAGCAGCAAUGUUUUCGCCUACUUCAUGCAAUAAUGCUUCUGCACGAUCAGAUUAUCAUGCAUUGUUCUCUGCGGCACAAGAUGCAAAAGAUUGUCUGAAUAAGAAGCAGAAGAAUCAACUAACUGUAUGGACCAUCCGAGCCGUGGUGGCAAAUGACUUGUAUACUGAUGACAGCUUUUGUGGAUGUUCUGUGCCUCUGUGGCUAACUGGAUGGUAUUGUAGCAGUUCAGAGUUGCCAAAUGUAGAAGCUAGGCGUAUGCAUACUGGUGUGCUUAUACACCACAGUGACUUCAUGCUUGUGCUUGUAAAUGGGUUUAUUAGCUUACAACCUAUACCUUCUGUUGGACCACUUCAUUCUGUGCAUUCUUGUUCGGGCUACAUGCAGUUCUCAAAAGCUGCUGGUCGCGUCAAAGAUUUGAUAUCCAAUCUUCCUGUUGCAACCAAGGAAGAUGAUGCUGAGGAAGUUGCAGCACUUCAAGAUGAGAAGGAAAGGGUAAGUAGAGAGGUUCAGUCAAGCCAGGAUGUGAUUCCCUCUGAUCUUUCUAAUGAGGUUACCACCAAAGAAGAGUUCGAUCCUUUUGGGCUUGAUGCUCUUAUCUCAAGUAAACCGAAAAAAGAAGCAAAAAAUAAUAAAGGGAAGGAGGAUGAAGAAGAGAUGAUGAGAUUUCUGAGGUUACAAAGAGAAGCCAUAAUCAAUUGUUUGGAGAUAGCUGCAAAGCGCUAUAAAAUCCCAUGGUGUCAGACUGUCAUUGACAUACUGGUAAAACAUGCCUAUGACAAUGUAUCACGGUUCACCUCUCAACAAAGGGAUGCUAUAGGGAAACUUUGGACUUCAAUACGAGAGCAACUUAAUCGUCGAAAACAAGGGAAGUCAGUUUCCGGUAAGCUUGAUGUGACUGCUUUUGAAUCUCUUCAAGAGAAGUACUCAAAUGAGAAGAUCAGCAUUCGUCGUGCUGUUGGGGGUACUGGGGACAGACGUUGUCAGCAGUGGCUUGGUUGAUUGGCUUUAUAUUCCUUCGUUUGUACCAGCUAAAUCUUGUACACUUAUUUGAGCAAAUGGCAUUUAGAGAAUGUCAUUUUCAAGUGAAAGAGCUGUAAGCUUCAACUGUAUAUACUGUACUUCCUAGUUAUAUAACAUUUCAGUAUCUUUCCCUA